AUGGUUUGGAAUGCUGUAUCCACAAGAAAGGUGGAAGCAGUCAAAGAUGCUUGCUCUUUUGCAAGUGUUGCAAAUAAGUUGAGCACAUCUGUUGCGGUGACCUUUGUUGGAUCUAAAGAAUUAGAAGCUACUGAAGACUUACUUGGAUUAAAGAAAUUCUUCUCUGUUACACCAGUAAUCCCAGGUAUUGCCAAAUUUCACAGCUUAGAACCACUCAGGAAUGGCCUUAUUCGUUGCCGUACAUACUCUUACCAGAGUACCUGGAUUGAAAUGGGUGCAUUGUCCAGUUUUCUGGUUCAGAAAAUGAAGACCUGGAUCAAAAUGAUAGUGAUGAUCAAGACUCUUCCUCUCUAAACAAGGGAAGCAACAGUACCAGCAGUACUGAUGAAGACGAGACCAGUGAAGAGAAAGGAGACUUUUUCAGCAAUGCUUCAAGAAACAGCCAUCACACGUACAAGGACGUUUCAAGUGAGAGCAGUAAGGAAGACAGUAAAAGUCAUGAUGAAGAGGGUGACUCGAGUGAAGAAGAAGGUGUGACUGGAAACAAAGGUUCAGGUGGUCCAGAUGCCAAAGAAAGAGCCAGCAAUGCAAAUAAAAGUUCAAGUGACGAGGAAGAGAUGUCAGAGAAGAAAGAUAUCCAAGUUCAGCAGGGCCUUCCUGACAAGCUACUAUCACCGAUAUAUUCAAAGGAUGUGCUUUGUUCAGCCUUCCACAUUAUUUAGACUGCCAAGUAAAUGCAGUUUCUGAUGGCUGGAUCAGCUUUGAAGGAGGUGGUAUGAUUCAAAAUGAUGAUCUUAAUGGUUUAAUGGCAGGGGGAAGAAAAUCCAACAUAAAUGGUUGUCCAACUUUAUUAUUGAUGAAUACCUGAGGCUUAUUCAAGUGACUUGUGCAGCUAACAACAGUUUGGCAGUUGAAACCUUGCCAUGGGAGUUGUUUGAGAGAGCAGUUGGUUCACUACCAGUGCAUCGCUUGUUGAAAGGGAGAAAUCCACUUCUGCUUCAGGAUGUAGUCCUUGUGCCAUGCAAUACCCCAGAGUCUGAGCACUGGACUCUUCUAGCAGUUCUACCAAAAGAGAAAUCUGUUGUUGUCUUAGACAGUAUGCCAAGUAACCACAUUAAACAUACGAGUCUUGAUGCUAUUUCUAAGAUGUGUGGCCUUCUCAAAGAGAUCAACAGCAAUGUAGACCUGAAUCAGUGCAAGCUUAUAGUGAACAAAAAGGGAGAUGUUCCUGAAAAGACCAAUGCCUAUGACUGUGGAGUGUUCACUUGCUUGUAUGCAAGAUGCUUGGUUGGUUAUGGUGAGAUGAUCAUGCCAGCAUCUCAGAUUUCAGGAAGCUCAUGCUGUUGGAAUUGUAUCAAAGAAAGCUACACCCAAUCCCACCAGAAGGCAUCCUACCAGCUGAGCAGUAUUAUGCCGUUGAAUAUGUGGAAACUUACUACAUUGGACAUGCACUCACUCAAGCUGAUAGCUUUGUAA